AUGCGUGAAGUGAAGGAAUACAAAGAUGGUAAUUUGUCUUGUUCUUGUAGGUUGCUUGAGAUGAAAGGAAUAUUGUGCAGUCAUGUUAUUAAGGUUCUUAAAGAUGAAAUGAUCAUAAUGGAAAUUCCAAGCCAAUAUAUCCUGAAAAGGUGGACCAAAUUAGCAAGAGUUGAAAUUGUCCAAGAUUACAAAGGGCGCGACAUUCAAGCUGACCCUAAGUUGGAACAGAGCAGUAGAUACAAGUCAUUGUGCUCCCUCUUUACUAUGAUUUCAUCCCAGACAUCUGAAUUGGAAGAAACAUAUGAAGAUUGUGUUCAGGAAGGGAAAAAAUUGCUCGCAUUUGUUCAAAAUAAGUUGCGUAUACGUAUCACCAAUGGACCACUACAAUUAAAUGAUGCUAGCUCUACAAUGAGAACGAAUGAGCGCAGUGAAAAUGUCAUUCAAGUGAAGGGACUGAAGAAAAGGAUUGAUCCCAUUCGUGGAAGGUGA